AUGUGUAGGUCUUUCUAUCUCCACUACGACUCUGAUGUGACCAUAAAUGGAAUAGGAGCGAUGAGGUUCAAAAUGGACAACGAUACAUACGACACUACACUGGAAUUGAACAAAGGCUAUAGAUACGAGAACACAGAGAUGGUGGUGUGGAGUUCACUGAAAAUGAAAAAAGCAGUGCCUAGCCCAGCACUACAACGUCCUCGAUAUUUCGAAAUGAGCACUAGAUAUAAUAGGCACUCAUUACAAUUCAACCGUUUUCUUUCCUCCAGGCAUAAUCCCAUUACGGUGCUUACCAGGACAAAAUGUCUUAACGCCAUUCGCUGCGUUUCUUUCUCCACCGCACUUCUUAUGGUCUCCACAGGAAGUUCGCGACAACGUCUAUGGACUGAAACCAAAUUCUUCAGCACACGAGCCAGCAGCAUUUGA